UUAGUGUCCCCUAUGGCCUUUAACUUCUUCCUGCCCUAUAUAAUAAAAAUGCAUUUUACCAGAACAAGGAAUGAACCCAUAACUUUACCUUUUCUCUUUUGUUAUCAAAUCAUGUAUAUAAUUCUACCACAACACCUGGACCAACCUGGAGAGAACACAGCAUUAUAUCAGGACCUAUAGACACCUGGAGAGAACACAACAUUAUAUCAGGACCUAUAGACACCUGGAGAGAACACAGCAUUAUAUCAGGACCUAUAGACACCUGGACCAACCUGGAGAGAACACAGCAUUAUAUCAGGACCUAUAGACACCUGGAGAGAACACAGCAUUAUAUCAGGACCUAUAGACACCUGAAGAGAACACAACAUUAUAUCAGGACCUAUAGACACCUGGAGAGAACACAACAUUAUAUCAGGACCUAUAGACACCUGGACCAACCUGAAGAGAACACAACAUUAUAUCAGGACCUAUAGACACCUGAAGAGAACACAACAUUAUAUCAGGAUCUAUAGACACCUGGAGAGAACACAACAUUAUAUCAGGACCUAUAGACACCUGGAGAGAACACAACAUUAUAUCAGGACCUAUAGACACCUGGACCAACCUGGAGAGAACACAGCAUUAUAUCAGGACCUAUAGACACCUGGAGAGAACACAACAUUAUAUCAGGACCUAUAGACACCUGGACCAACCUGGAGAGAACACAACAUUAUAUCAGGACCUAUAGACACCUGGAGAGAACACACCAUUAUAUCAGGACCUAUAGACACCUGGAGAGAACACAACAUUAUAUCAGGACCUAUAGACACCUGGAGAGAACACAACAUUAUAUCAGGACCUAUAGACACCUGGACCAACCUGGAGAGAACACAACAUUAUAUCAGGACCUAUAGACACCUGGAGAGAACACAACAUUAUAUCAGGACCUAUAGACACCUGGACCAACCUGGAGAGAACACAACAUUAUAUCAGGACCUAUAGACACCUGGACCAACCUGGAGAGAACACAACAUUAUAUCAGGACCUAUAGACACCUGGACCAACCUGGAGAGAACACAACAUUAUAUCAGGACCUAUAGACACCUGGACCAACCUGGAGAGAACACAACAUUAUAUCAGGACCUAUAGACACCUGGACCAACCUGGAGAGAACACAACAUUAUAUCAGGACCUAUAGACACCUGGACCAACCUGGAGAGAACACAACAAGAUGAGGAUCCUGCUGAUAGUCAUCCUCCUCUCCUUCAUGACAGGUUGUUUGAGCUCCUUCAAAGUGACAGGAUACUCUGGAGGAACUGUCAUCAUCUCCUGUCAUUAUUCCACAGAAGACAGAAGUCGUGAGAAAUAUUUCUGCUUGGAGCAGAACCGUUUGAGAUGUGAGGAUCAAAUCAGAACUGGAUUGAGGAACACCUGGGUACACAGUGGUAGAUUCUCUCUGUAUGACAACACUGGAGGAAACUACUUCAAGGUGAUCAUCAGACAACUGACCAGACAAGAUGAAAGGACCUACUGGUGUGGAGUGGACAAACCUACUAUACCUGACAGUUAUACCAAGGUAGAGCUGGAUGUGAAGAAGGAUGACUGCUGUGAGAAGUCAGUCACAGAGACGGCCUUUCUGGGAGGAGAAGCUACCAUCAGAUGCAACUAUCCAGAGGACCAUGAGGACAACAUCAAGUAUUUCUGCAAAGUAGACAGUGAAUCUGACUGUGAAAACAAGAUAUCAGAUACAUAUCAUGAAAAACCUAGAAGAUAUUCUCUUUCUAAGAGAAGAAGAGAGAGAUUCUCCACAGUGACCAUCAGUGACCUGACUGAAGAUGAUACUGGGACCUACUGGUGUGGAGUAGAAACCAGCAGGACAGAACAACGUUACAUUACACUGAUCACACAGGUGAAGCUGCUUGUUAUAACGGCACCAACCACCAUGAGCACAACAACAACAACAACUACAGCUCUUCAAGCCUCAGCCACAAUCACCUUCAUCUCACAAUCAUCAUCAUCAUCUUCUUCUUCAUCAUCAUCACCAUCAUCAACAUCAUCUUCUUCUUCAUCAUCAUCACUCAACGGCAAGUCAGUUAAGAAAACAUUUGUUACCAUGACGGCCUACACCGGCCAAACCCAGACGACUGGGCCAAUGGGACUCCCCAUAACGGCCUACACCGGCCAAACCCAGACGACUGGGCCAAUGGGACUCCCCAUAACGGCCUACACCGGCCAAACCCAGACGACUGGGCCAAUGGGACUCCCCAUGACGGCCUACACCGGCCAAACCCAGACGACUGGGCCAAUGGGACUCCCCAUGACGGCCUACACCGGCCAAACCCAGACGACUGGGCCAAUGGGACUCCCCAUGACGGCCUACACCGGCCAAACCCAGACAACUGGGCCAAUGGGACUCCCCAUGACGGCCUACACCGGCCAAACCCAGACGACUGGGCCAAUGGGACUCCCAUAACGGCCGGUUGUGAUACAGCCUGGAUAAUAUGACAUUUUAAAUGUCUGUAAUGUUUACUGUUAAUUAUUAUUGUUCAUUUCACUUGUCUUUAUUAUCUACUUCACUUGCUUUGGCAAUGUUAACAUUCGUUUCCCAUUUCAAUGAAGCCCUUAAAUUGAAACUGAAAUUGAGAGAGAUGUAUAGAUGGAAGGAGAGAGCCCUCCAGUGGUAGAAUAACUCUGUUUCUCUCCUGUGUAGACAGAAUAACUCUGUUUCUCUCCUGUGUAGACAGAUUAACUCUGUUUCUCUCCUGUGUAGACAGUCUCCAGUGGUAGAAUAACUCUGUUUCUCUCCUCUGUAGACAGAAUAACUGUUUCUCUCCUGUGUAGACAGAAUAACUCUGUUUCUCUGCUCUGUAGACAGAAUAACUCUGUUUCUCUCCUCUGUAGACAGAAUAACUCUGUUUCUCUCCUCUGUAGACAGAAUAACUCUGUUUCUCUCCUCUGUAGACAUAAUAACUCUGUUUCUCUCCUGUGUAGACAGAAUAACUCUGUUUCUCUCCUCUGUAGACAGAAUAACUCUGUUUCUCUCCUCUGUAGACAGUCUCCAAUGGUAGAAUAACUCUGUUUCUCUCCACUGUAGACAGAAUAACUCUGUUUCUCUCCUCUGUAGACAGAAUAACUCUGUUUCUCUCCUCUGUAGACAGAAUAACUCUGUUUCUCUCCUCUGUAGACAGAAUAACUCUGUUUCUCUCCUCUGUAGACAGUCUCCAAUGGUAGAAUAACUCUGUUUCUCUCCUCUGUAGACAGAAUAACUCUGUUUCUCUCCUCUGUAGACAGAAUAACUCUGUUUCUCUCCUCUGUAGACAGAUUAACUCUGUUUCUCUCCUCUGUAGACAGUCUCCAGUGGUAGAAUAACUCUGUUUCUCUCCUCUGUAGACAGAUUAACUCUGUUUCUCUCCUCUGUAGACAGUCUCCAGUGGUAGAAUAACUCUGUUUCUCUCCUCUGUAGACAGAAUAAAUCUGUUUCUCUCCUGUGUA